UCCGCUGUCCCAGGUCCUGGAGCACUCCCGCCGGGCAGGUCUGGCUCCUGCCCUGCAGGCCCCUCCCUGGCUGGCCCGGCCCCAGGGUGAGCACGGCCGGACGCCCCAGGCUGGGCGGCCGCGGUCGGGCCUCGCCCCAGAAGCUGCGCUCCGGGCCAGGCGUCCGCGGGGGGCCCCCCGGCGGACUCAGCGCCAUACUGACCCCGGGGCUGCCUCCCGGAAGGUUCCGAGGGCGAGGGCGAGGGUUUUGUGCUCACUCCUGCCUGGGUGCUUCUGUUGGCGCUCCUGCGAGAACAUGGUGCAGAAGUACCAGUCUCCUGUCCGCAUCUACAAGUACCCAUUUGAGCUGGUCAUGGCGGCCUAUGAGAAGCGCUUCCCCACCUGCCCGCAGAUCCCCGUCUUCCUGGGCAGCGAGGUCCUGCGCGAGUCCCGCAGCGCAGACGGGGCGGUGCACGUGGUGGAGCGGAGCUGCAGGUUGCGCGUUGAGGCCCCGCGGCUGCUGCGCAAGAUUGCCGGCGUAGAGCACGUGGUCUUUGUGCAGAGAAACGUGUUGAACUGGAGGGAGAGGACCCUCCUCAUUGAAGCCCACAAUGAGACCUUCGCCAACCGCGUGGUGGUCAACGAGAACUGCAGCUACACUGUCCACCCCGAGAAUGAAGAGUGGACUUGCUUUGAGCAAUCCGCCUCGCUCGACAUCCGGUCCUUCUUUGGCUUCGAAAGUGCCUUGGAGAAGAUCGCCAUGAAGCAGUACACAGCUAACGUCAAGAGGGGGAAGGAGGUGAUUGAGCAUUACCUGAACGAGCUUAUCUCCCAGGGCACCUCUCACAUUCCCCGGUGGACACCUGCCCCCGUCCGAGAGGAGGACGCCCGCUCCCAGGCUGGGCCGAGGGAUCCGGGCUCCCUAGAGGUUGACGGGCCCAUCGGUGCUCCAGGCCCUGCGCCUGAGGUGGUGGUUACAGACGGGGACAAGCUAGAUGCAGACUACAUUGAGCGCUGCCUGGGUCAUCUCACACCAAUGCAGGAGAGCUGCCUCAUCCAGCUGCGACACUGGCUGCAGGAGACCCACAAAGGCAAGAUUCCCAAAGAUGAACACAUCCUUCGGUUCCUGCGGGCUCGUGACUUCCACCUGGACAAGGCCCGGGAGAUGCUGCGCCUGUCCCUGAGCUGGCGAAAGCAGCACCAGGUGGAUUUCCUCCUUCAGACCUGGCGACCCCCUGCUCUCCUGGAGGAAUUCUAUGCGGGGGGCUGGCACUACCAGGACAUAGAUGGCCGCCCCCUCUAUAUCCUGCGCCUGGGCCACAUGGACACCAAAGGCUUGAUGAAGGCCGUGGGGGAGGAGGCACUGCUGAAGCAUGUUCUUUCCGUCAACGAGGAAGGACAGAAGAGAUGUGAAGGGAACACAAAGCAGUUUGGCCGUCCCAUCAGCUCCUGGACCUGCCUGGUGGACCUGGAGGGUCUCAACAUGCGGCAUCUGUGGCGGCCGGGGGUGAAGGCCCUGCUGCGGAUGAUUGAGGUGGUUGAGGACAACUACCCUGAGACCCUGGGCCGGCUGCUCAUCGUGAGAGCCCCCCGCGUCUUCCCGGUGCUCUGGACGCUGAUCAGCCCCUUCAUCAAUGAAAACACCAGGCAGAAGUUCCUCAUCUACAGUGGCAGCAAUUACCAGGGCCCCGGAGGCCUCGUGGACUACCUAGAUAAAGAAGUGAUCCCCGACUUCCUUGGGGGAGAGUGUGUGUGUAAUGUCCCCGAAGGAGGGCUGGUCCCCAAGUCCCUCUAUCUGACAGAAGAGGAGCAAGAGCACACAGACCAGCUGCGGCAGUGGAGAGAGACUUACCAGUCGGCCAGCGUUCUCCGAGGGGCCCCCCAUGAGGUUGCCGUGGAGAUUCUGGAGGGCGAGUCAGUCAUCACCUGGGACUUUGACAUCCUGAGGGGGGACGUGGUGUUCAGCCUGUACCACAGCAAGCAGGUGCCCAAGCCUGGACCCCAGGAGCCUGGGGCCAGGGCCGGCGGGCAGCUGACGGACAAGGGCUGGGUCCUAGGUGUGGAUUACAGCCGUGUGGAAGCCCCCCUUGUCUGCCGGGAAGGGGAGAGCAUCCAGGGCUCCCAUGUGACCCGGUGGCCUGGCACCUACUUGCUCCAGUGGCAAAUGCACAGCCCCCCUGGCAAUGUGGCCUGCAGCAUCCUGGGUGUGGAGGAUGUCCUGACGGCCCUGCACAGCCCUGGCCCCAAGUGCAAACUCCUCUACUACUACGAGGUGCUGGCAUCUGAGGACUUCAGGGGCUCCAUGUCCAGCCUGGAAUCCUGCACCAGCGGCUUCUCCCAGCUCAGUGCCACCACUUCCUCCUCUUCUGGCCAAUCCCACAGCAGCCCCUUGGUCUCCAGAUAGCUGGGACUGAGCCCUGUGGGGCAGCCCGCUCACCUCCCACGUUUCAAGUGUCCGUGAGGUCUGGGACCACGUGGGCUUCAGCCCUGGGUCUGGACACUAAGUGGGGGCAUCUGGAGCCGAUGGCAAUGAUCCAGCUCAUUCACUCUUCAGGAUGCAAGACAGAACCAUCUCCUUUGGGCUUCAUGUGAGGAAAAGCCAAGGAAUGGUUGGGCCACCUUUGGGCCUGCCUGGUCUGGGAGCUCAGGGAUGUCAUCAGGCUCAGCACCCCCUCUCCACCUCUGGCUCUUUCCCUGGGGCAGCCUCCUUCUCAGGUGCCUUCCCCACGCAGAGGGCCCCAUCACCAUUAGGCUCCCUCUCUCCUCCCAGCUCAGCUGUGGAAGAGAACCUCUCUCCCCCAAAGUUCGAUCCAACCUCCCAGAACUGAGUCUAAUCAGUCCGUCUGGGUCCCACACUAGUCCUUGAACCAAUCACAGUUGCCAGGGGAACAAAGAACACAGACUGGCCAGUAGGUUUCUGUCUACGAUCUGGACCAAUCACCAUACAGGGAUGGGGUUUCAGUGAUUGGCCUACCUGGACCACAUGCCUGUUCCCGAAGCCAACCACCUGGUUUGAAAAUCAUAAGGAGGUUGCCUCUAGGAAUACUGGGGUACCCGACAGGAAGAAGAGGGAAAGAAUGCUGGGUAGGCAGAAAUGAUUGGCGUUCACAUCUGAUUCCCUAGCGAUGCCCUGUGUCCCAGACAUGCAUGGUGAACAGUUAUAUGAGUUACAGGCUCCACUGUCUGUGGGGAGCAGCCCACCCUGGAUCUGAAAUCCAUUUUCCCAGAGCUUGGCUAGGAAGGAAACCUGACCACCAUUGACUUGAGGAGGGUGGAGACGCCCAGGCAGUGAUGAAGUGGCUCUAGCUGUGUUUAAACUCCUCUGGAGGUUCUUUUCUUUCUUCGGAGCAGUUUAAUUAUGAGUUUUUUGGUUGUGAGUCACAGAGACCCACACAAAAGGGUAACCAGUCAUGAGCACAUGUAAUUGGCCAGUCCAGGAUCUCUUGCUUCAGUUAAGGCUGGAUCCAGGACCUCAACAUGGCAUCAGAACUCCCCUUACGGGGAGGAGGAGGCUGUGACUUUAUUGUGUCUGCCCUAUGGCAAACCCGACCCCUGGAACCUGCUACUGAUAGACGUUCCCUGAGUUCUGCAUGGGAGAGUUUUGGGUAUGCUUGGGGCUUGGGGACACUUCUCCUUUCCUUUCCUGGGCUCCCAAAAAGGUAACAAGUCACAGGUUACCAACUGGCCGACUGCAGUCUGAUCUGGCUUUUGUUUUUGCCUAUAGAGAGAUUGAAAAAUUAGAGCAUUUCACACAGAGAUCAGGAUGUCUAGUUUCCCUCAGGCAUUUGGGACUAUUGGCAAAAUGGGGCCACUGUUGCCAUGUAAAGGCAAGACAACUGUGUCUCCUGGAUGGGGGCCACCCCAGUCCUCACCCGUCUAUCAACCUAGUCCACAUCACUCACUCACAUCAGCCUAGGAGGGACCUCACUGAUAGGGCUCCUGGGGGGGCCAAUGUGGGGCUGAAUGACUCAGUGUUACUCUUCUCUCAUAGCCUUGCUUAUAGCCGGGGGGGGGGGGUCAUCUCUGGCCAACACCUGCAGUCACUGGGCCUUGCCUAAGGGGUGGGUUUACAACCAUGGGGUCCACGCCUCCAUGCAGUCUCAGCGUGACAGGGCAAAGAGCAAGGACUUCCUUGCAUACCAACCUCAACCCCAAACCUGGAGCAGAGGGAAGGAGUCACUUUCUAGAGACAUCCUUCUCCCUGCAGGGAGGGAGGCUCAUCCACUUCUGUUUGCUCCUCAGGUAUAGGAACAACACCCAAAACUGCAUCCUGCAUCCAGGUGUGUGUGCACAUGAGGGAGAGAGGUAGGGGGAGAUUGGAGACAUUCUCAUAGCUCCCAUGUCACCAGACAUUUAUCACUGAGCAUCUGUGAUAUCUUCACCUGUCUUGAGAUGAAUUUCCAGCUUGCCUCUAAAAGCCAGGUGUGCCCUAGAAGCAUUUUUGGGUAGGCUUCCCUGGCAUUCCCCACACAUGAAUUGUCUAGGAAUGGCACCAGGGAAGGAUGGAGAAGGCUUUCCUUGACUUGGGGUUGCAGGUGGCUUGACAGCUGUUACCUGGAUCUGCUCUGAGCAGUCCAGCCUUGACAAAAGGGAUGGGACUCAGACCCUCUCCUUUCUCCCUUGGGAAAGCUGCAGCUCAAACUUCUUAAGCAACAAAGGGAAUUUUCCCUGGGUCCUGUAACUGGGAUGGCUGAGGGUGUGCUUGCUGAAGGCAUUGCUGGAUCCAGGAGCCCAGUGUCCCCAGGCCCACGCGUUCAUCCUCUCAACCUCACCCAGGCCGCCUGGCUCUGCAUCUCUUCUCACACUGGCCUCGUCCUCUCUUCCACCUGGUGGGAAAGGUGGCUGCCAGAAGCCAGAGCCUACAACCACAGGGCUCACAAUCUCUAAGGCUGAGAGAGACAUUCUCUUUCCAUCUCAUCCCACAGAAGGCUCUGGCUGGCCCUGUUCCAGUCGAGUGCUUGCUCCUACGGAUGUACCAGCCAUGGGGCUAGGGGUCCUGUGAUUGACAUUUCCUCCAGAAGCAGCAGUGGGAUACAGGUCACCCCAGGACAAGGCGAGCUGGGCCAAAGAAGCAGCAGACGGCCAUGGUGGCAUCUUCUGCAGUGCCCCUCACUUGCUGGAGGUCUCUGGGGUCCAUGCUGGAGCAUCAUUAAUCAACAGGCUUCUCCUACCUUUGGGAGGCUUGAAAUUAAAAGUCUAAGGAAGGGCUGCUGAAUUCCUGACUUCCGUAUUUCCCUAGACCCCAGGGCUAGAAGCUCCUUGGCUUGGCUUCUUUAUCUUGUUCAUUAACCUGUGGUGAGCAGGACAGAAACAACCCACUAGCAAUAGGACCCUGCCCAUGCACUGUGUUUAGAAGCCUGGGUCUUAAAAUUUAGACAUGGUGAGGUUCAAGCCCCAGCCUUCUUUUCAGUAGCUGUGUAACCUCCAGCAGGUGACUUAACUCCCCUGUGCCUCAGUUUCCUCAUCUGUAAAAUGGGGGCAUGCCUACCUCAUUCACUGGGCUGUAGUGGAACAAAAAAUACCAGCUGUGGAGUCCACAACCCAGUGCCCAGCACACAGAAAGCACACGGUAAGUGUCAGAGGUUAUCCUGAUGAUUUAAGGCUUCUCGUCCAAACACUCCAGACUCCCUCCUGAGGAUGCCCGCCUGUCACUGUUUUUCACGGGACAGAAGGCUCAGCACCAUGUGCAUCCGGAGGAAAGCGGGUGUCAGGAUAUUAUUUCCUUCAUUUCCCAUUUAGAAACUGCUUGCGUUUUCUGGGCAAAUCCACUAAAAUGGAAGAGCAUCAUUUGGAGUGCUAUUUCCCCCAACUAGCUGGAGAAACGUUCUCUCUACAGGCUCAAAGAAGGGGGUUCUGAGACAUGUCUCCCCCCUACCCUGCACUCUGGAAUUGCUUCUCCUGUAAAACGAAUUGUUUGAUGAGAAUAUUUUUAAUUCUGUUCUACACACUCUAUUUUAGUCAGUAAAACCUGAUGUUCCUUGUUCGCCUGAUCAUUUGCUCUAACCAAAAGCAUUAAAUGUUUUAGAUUUGGGUAUA